CGAGCUGUAUCCUCGUCUCCUUACGGUCGUACGCACGUUUGGAAGCGACGGCAAAAGAAACUGCCCAAUCCAAUGGUCCCCGUCUUCCCCCAACGCCUUGUCCGCGUAGAUGGCUCUACCAUUGUUCACUGGACCACUUCCCCGCGUUCCGUCAUCCGCCUCACGCGCGACACGACGAAUAACCCACUCUGGAACGCAGCUCGAUUUGUGGGUAUGGACGAGGAGGAAGAUGAGGUCACUGGGCGUAUGGGACGGUUCAGCAGGCGGUUCGCCGACUUGGGUGGGCAGAAGUCGGACUUGGACUGGCUGGACGAGGCGAGC